AUGAUGCGCGGGUUGGUCGUCGCGAGCGCGCUGUCGUCGCUGCGAGGGGUCCACGGGGGGUCGUCGCCGUCGCCGCCGAAAACGGAUUGUGUAGGCUUUUGGCAAGGGAGUUGCACGGCUUUUUGCGGACCGGCGACGUACUCGCAGACGUUCACGAUCACCGUCAAGCCGCGAAACGGUGGACGAAGUUGUGGAGCGUAUGAGGGACAAACACGAACGGAGAAUUGCGAGGGUAUAGCGAAUUGUUCGCCGCCGCCGAGCCCGCCGCCGCCGCCGAGUCCGCCGCCGCCGCCGAGCCCGCCGCCGCCGCCGAGCCCGCCGCCGCCGAGCCCGCCGCCGAGCCCGCCGCCGCCGAGUCCACCGCCGCCGCCUGGUGCCGGUGCUGCGAUUGAAGUGAGAUUUGGUUCCACCACGGAGAGGGUUGCGGCGUACUCGUACGAUUUCCAAGUCGCGGUGCAUCAUCCCGCGUGCGCUGAAGCGAGCGAUUGUUUACUGAAUGUGAAUGAAGAGAGCGUGAGCAAUCACGCGCUUGGUCUCCGAUGCGAUGUUCGCGUGAAACGAGACGAUCAGUCGUGUUCCGAGUCGGAUUACGCGGAUAACUUACCGUGUCGCAAAUGGAAUGAUUUUUUCCCGAAGGCGCUCGCGCUCACAGAGUUGGAUGGGACGCACUCGGUUGGAUCUCACACCAUAACUUAUAACUGUCACUUUGUUACGGUCGAUGGCAUCGUUCCAGGUUCGGAAACCGUUGGUCAACACUCUUUCGAAGUUAUCAAGGGUUGCGAUUUGCACCUGCCUCUCGGAUUCAACGCCGCCGGCCAAGCGAGCGCGAAUCAGAAUUCGGGGCUUGAAGAACUGGUCCGGUACAUAUUGCUGAGUAACGAUCAAUUCAACAACGUGCUGUGCGAUGAUGGCGAAAUUUACAAGACAAAGGAAAGCAUCUUUCGUAGGCACGACGUCGAUCCCAGCGACGGACUGCUGCGACUGAAUGAACUUCAGGCCAUGUUGGUGGAACAAAGCGUUUCGAGGUACAUUCUCAACGUUUGGAAUGACCAAUUUCGCGCCGCGCACGACACAGAUCUGGCAGUGUCUAUUGUCGACGUGAUGGAAAUCCCCGUUCGACCCGUCAAGUGCAGCGGAGCUCCGUCGAACAGUUUCAGUAUCGAUAGCAUCACCUAUCCGACUCUCGACUGGCAAACGGAGAAUCGCUGUGUGAGUGGCCUCAACGGGCUCACCACUGCAUGGUCGUACAGUCCUAAGCCAACGAACGGCGAUUACGUCUGCGCAUACGUGGAUGGUAUACUCUUCAAUCAGAUCAACGUUGCCGACGGUACAGUCGACGACGUCGUCGAUGUGCGCUUUGAAGAGUAUGAAGUCGGCGGCACGACGCUUCAACUUCCCAUCUCCUUCACGGACAUUCGCCCAGCAACGAGUGACUUUCUCGACGAACACGCUUCUCUCGUGGCAGCAUUUACGUUUGAUGAAGACCCUUUACACGACGGAUCGCUUGAUUCGGUCGCGCCAAUCGUCGACGGACAGUCUUCCGUCCCGAUGAGAUUGCAGCCGAAAUCCGCUCGCACAAUAUCGGGAUGUUCGGGGGGCAACGGAUUUCGCUGCCUUCAAGCAGUGGAUGAUCCUGGGACGAACGAUUAUUCAUACUCUCUUGAUAAAGAAGAUACGCUUGGGCACGACAUCGCGAUGAGCACAUGGGUGCGCAUCGAUCCAAGUCGUUGCUCGCAACCCAAAUCCUCCAACGACGAAUCACUCAUGACGGUCGCUCAGUUUCAAGGACAGUUGGGACUUCACGAUCACAGACUCCACGUAUACCUCAAGAUACGUACGAGCGACGGCAUGGUCGAACUGCGGGCAUCUCAUCAGGUCAAGGAGUCUGUGGAUCCUCCGAGCGCUUUCACAUCCUCAAAGGAUGUGAAACUUGAUUUUGCGUGCGACGGGGAGUGGCACCUCAUCGCGUUCGCCGUAAACUCGGUGAAUUUCAUGACAUUGUACGUAGAUCCAACGAGUGACGCAAAGGCCACAGUAAUCGAUGAUACGACUUACACGCGCGAUGAAACUUGGCCGCUGAGCGCGCUCGAGUCAAUGACGGACGUUACACUGCUUGGCGCGGUGGAUUUUGAAUUCGACGACGUUCGAGUGUAUACCGGAGUGAUACGCGAAGUGAUGUUCAUUGAUACCGUAAGAUGUGGACAUUACAAGCGCUGCGUGCUUCGUCAAUCAUCCGCACCAAAAGCUCGAAGAAUUGUGUGUUUAAGUGGCGUCAUUUCGGACGCUCGCGAGGAAACUUACUCAAAGUUUGAAUGUGGAGGUGGAUUGUACUACGAUGGUUCUACUAUUGACGUCAACGGAAAACUGGAUCCAGUAGGAGUCACUUUCAGCUUCCGUGAUACCGCCUGGAAUGACGUUGGGUUCGAGAUUCUUCGUCAAAGCAUGCAGGAUUCUCUGACGGAUGCACCUUAUGAGUCAGUGGUGAUGAUUGACAGUGGCCUCACGUACUGUCAUCGAUCGUACGCGCCGUUGCUUUUCGCCGACAGAGAGGCGGCGGCAAUCCCAGGACAGAUUUGGAAGUAUAAGGUGGUGACGAAAACAUCAUCCGGUGGAAGUAUAAACUCUGUCCCUUUCAAAUUCAUCACGCCCUGGCACGGAGAGGUAGGUGGUUACGUGUACGCCGGUGAUUCCGCUGUUCCAGUACCCGACGUCCGAAUAUGCGCUAAUUUUCACGACCCGAUCGUAAUAGAUGGGGAGGUCGCAAAUUACCGAGGGUCCAGGCCUCCAGACGCGGAUGAAAAUGAGAAUUCGACGAUAACUUUACGGCCGAGCGACGACGUCGAAUCAUCUUCCAGCAAUGUCGCACUUUUCAAGCACGCAUACUCAAACCCUUUGAAUGAACAAGCGUACACGCUCACCGAUGGGAAUCACAUACCUACCGGUGAAUCUGUCGUCGUAUCGACGGGUGGCUACGCGCGCGUCGAUCUUGGUCUUUGGAUGUCAAUAGGCAGUGUUCAAGUAUGUCUACAGCCGCAAUCGAUCAAGGCACGCCAACUUGCCGAGGGUUCUCUCACCGACCGACUGGGGUAUUCUGGCGAUACAGGCGAUGAUCCAGACGUGAUCGUUGAUCCACCUCGUUACGAGAAUGAUGUCAUCCGACUCGUGCGAGCAGACGAGAAACUCUGGGCGAAAAAUACUGAUCGACUAGACGCCGAAGCUGGUGAUACAGUGUUGUUGGAAUGCUGGGUACGCGCCGUCGGGAAGGAGGCGAUUAUGACUUUCCAGAUUUUAGGGUAUGAACAACAAACUACAGCAGCAGGCCGUCAGACCGUUGGUGACGCGCUCGUCAUUACAGCUGAACCGAAUAAAUGGAGGAAAAUAAGGCUUAAGCACACGUUAGAGGACGCCGCUUUCGUCGGAUUUACUGUAUCAGCUUGGUCGGAAAGUACGUUCUACUUCACCGGAGCUCAUUUCACUCUUAAUACUCUCACCGAACGCCUCGAGCUUGUUCAGACAAGCGCCAUCAGUCCUUUAACCGCGAGCCCAACUGCGCCUCCACCUGGUUUCGAGGACGUUGUAAAAUCGGUGGACGCAGGCGUUUCAGUCACGGUGCACGUUCCUGGCGAGUCUUUGCGCGCCCUGACUGGAGAUUCUGUCGUGGUGUCGUUUUGGGCGAAGUCUUUGGGUGGUGAACGCGCGGUGUCAAUCGACUUGCGCGGAACAUCCGCCACUGACGCCAGUACGGAAUCAUUCACCAUACAUGAGGAAUCGUGGAGACGUUUCAACGCCACCCUCAUAUCAUCUCAAGAUCAAUACAUAACUUUCCCCGAGAUUUCGUUUGGUGCGGAAUCGAGCAAAGUUGAAGUAACGGGAUUUGAAUUUCGGCAACAGGCGAGUCCGACGCUUAGUUUACCGAUGAAAGUGCACGUGCAUGAAAUCGAUCCCGAAGACACGACUAAUUAUGGAUAUGCAUGUAACCACGAUCCGUCUGAUGUCAGUGAUGAAUUCGCAGACUGUUUGACGUUUACAUGCGGGGGGGGCGGGGGCGACACUGUGCAGGCGAUGCACGGGCAGUUUGUAUCAGUCGUGGCGGUUCGAGACGUCAAUUUGACUGAAAUAAGAGUAUUGGGUGGUGAGACGCGAUGCCCUUUCAGCGCGGUCACUGAUUCGGAAGGAUCGUUUGUUGUUCAUAUCACAGACUCCACGGGUAUGACGCCAAUCAAAACUCACGUUGACAUCGGGGCGUACAAAGUGGAAGUUUUUGAAAAGACGACGCAGCCCAUCUUGCAAACGUCGGACGUGACAGACCCGCUGAACGUACCCAGUAAAGUCUUAUUGGUCUUAAAGGAAGAUGAUUCGUCAUCUCCUGAAACCACGACGUCACUCUUGGGUAGGCAGCGCUGGGGGCGCCGCCUCCUGGGGAACAUUGCGCAGUACAUACCACCGCCGCCGUCGCCACCGCCGCCGUCGCCACCGCCGCCGCCGCCGCCUGAAAAAGCGGCGGUUGGCAACGUGGUCUGGGUGACGCUUCGCAGAGCCAAAGCGUCGAAUCGAAAAGUUUGGCGGCGAUCUCCAAAUUGGUGGAAUUAUUUUUCCGCAGCCGGUGCGGUGAGUCGUCGGUCGAUCCACGGCCUGACGGACUCAGUGCGCGGAAUCUCGGCUCGUUGUGGGUCUGAGUCCGGCCUCAAGUUCAUCGGCUUGAAUCGGCAGUCCGCGGCAGAGACCGUGUCCAGUCGAAUGGACUUCAGCAUCAGAUGCAAUUUUCACUCCGAUGCAGUUGAAGUGUACGAAGGUGGUAAAAAAAUUAAGGGUGCUGCAGUGGCGUAUACGGACAGCGAUACACUGCAAGUCGUCAUCAACGACGCCGGAGCCGUGGAGUACUUCAAGAAUGAAAUUCGCUUUUACACCAGUCAACAGACUCCCGAGUACCCGCUGCACGCGGAUGUUGCUUUUAUUAUGCGUGGUUCCUUCAGCGAUGUUAAAUGGGUCGAGCGCAUGGCGUCACCACCACCGCCAUCGCCGCCGCCGCCGUCGCCGCCACCGUCACCGCCGCCGCCGUCGCCGUCGCCGCCGCCGCCGCCGCCAGGAAAGGCGGUGGCGGGCGAGAUACUUGGUAGCGUCGCGUGGGUAUCGCAAGUCGGCGUCGAAUCCACAGAAAGUGGCCAAGUCACGCGCACGGCUGCAGUGACUGGCGCUUGGGACGCCGGUGCGGUGAGUCAGCGCGCUAUUCGAAAUGGUUCUGACUCUGUGCGUGGCAUCUCCGCAGUCUGUGCCGGAGGAUACAACAACAGGAUGAUCGGUUUGAACUCUCAGUCGACGACGGAUUCGACGAAUUAUCAAAGUCUUGAUUUUGCGAUUUUUUGUACGUAUACCAAACGGAUCAAGGUGUACGAGAAAGGCAAGCGUAAGUAUACGAUGGCUGGGACUUACUCUUCGUCCGACUCGCUGCAAAUCGUCAUCAACGACGCCGGAGCCGUGGAGUACUUCAAGAAUAAAAUUCGCUUUUACACCAGUCAACAGACUCCCGAGUACCCGCUGCAUGCGGAUAUCUCUGUCAAGGCCGGUUCUCUCACAAACGUUCACUGGGUCGAGCGCAUCGCGUCACCACCGCCGUCGCCGCCGCCGCCGCCGUCGCCGCCGCCACCGUCACCGCCGCCGCCGUCGCCGCCGCCACCGUCACCGCCGCCGCCGCCGCCAGGAAAGGCGGUGGCGGACGAUCAUGUCGCGUGGGUAUCGCAAGUCGGCGUCGAAUCCACAGAAAGCGGCCAAGUCACGCGCACGGCUGCAGUGACUGGCGCUUGGGACGCCGGUGCGGUGAGUCAGCGCGCUAUUCGAAAUGGUUCUGACUCUGUGCGUGGCAUCUCCGCAGUCUGUGCCGGAGGAUACAACAACAGGAUGAUCGGUUUGAACUCUCAGUCGACGACGGAUUCGACGAAUUAUCAAAGUCUUGAUUUUGCGAUUUUUUGUACGCAUACCAAACAGAUCAAGGUGUACGAGAAAGGCAAGCGUGAGUAUACGAUGGCUGGGACUUACUCUUCGUCCGACUCGCUGCAAAUCGUCAUCAACGACGCCGGAGCCGUGGAGUACUUCAAGAAUGAAAUUCGCUUUUACACCAGUCAACAGACUCCCGAGUACCCGCUGCAUGCGGAUAUCUCUGUCAAGGCCGGUUCUCUCACAAACGUUCACUGGGUCGAGCGCAUCGCAUCACCACCGCCGCCAUCGCCGCCGCCGCCGUCGCCGCCACCGUCACCGCCGCCGCCGUCGCCGCCGCCGCCAUCGCCGCCGCCGCCACCGUCGCCACCGCCGCCGUCGCCGCCGCCGCCAUCGCCGCCGCCGCCAUCGCCGCCGCCGCCAUCGCCACCACCGCCAUCGCCUCCACCACCGAUGCACGAUUUUGACGAGACAGACACAGAUGGAAGCGGGGGCAUCGAUAAGUCAGAGUUGACCGCCAUCAUCGAGAAAGGUGCGAGUUUUCCAAGCAAUGGGUACGCGAUAAUUUCAGAAGAACUUUGGAAUUCGUCGUUGGAUAUGGACGGUGAUGGACUUCUGAACGCACAAGAAUUCCUCAGUGUGGCGCAUCGUCUGGCUCAACGGACAUUGUUUGUCGAGCCAGUGCUCGUAUUCCCUCCGCGGAAAAUUACAUACGACUUCGAUUUGUUCACCGUGCAGAGUGUUAGCGCUGCGAUCGCCGACGAGUCUCACCAGGAUGCGCGUAGCCAAGUGUUUGGCAAAGCGUGCGAAAAUUUCAUCGUUCGAAGAUCGACAUCAGCCCACGUUCCGUACUCUUCCGAGGGAUGGAACGAGUGGUAUGAUGAGCUCAGCGCAGAGAGUGGGGGUGAUGUUGUGUCAAAAAUCGAUCACUGUCGCCCUCUCGAAGACGCCGAGUUCGAUGCCAUUGUCGUCGGCGAUGAGACCUCCGUGUAUGCAACACCGUUACUUGCUACAUCUCCCGGCUCGAAUAAGAUUUUCGUUGACUUAGAUGCCGCACUACUGCACGACGUGGUUCAAGAUGAUCCGCAGACGCUGUUCGCGCGCGUCACUCGUCCUGGAUUGGAUGUCGCGCUGUGGAGCACGCAGCAGCUGCCAGAAAUCGUGCAUGUAUUCAACAACAAUGACGUCGUCAAGCAAGCUGGAACUUCGGAUGACGAUGGUGACCUAUAUGAAAGUGAUACCGUAUUUUCGGAUACGGCUGAUAUUGAUGUCAUCAACCUGGAGCUGACCCAUAAUCAUCAGGUAGAGCAGAAAAUGCAGGACGAUACGACAGUGGUCAUUUUGGGUGCCGUCAUGUUCCCAAUAGAAUGGACCGAGUUGUCCGAGUGUGGACUUUUUGAGGCAAGCAUUUAUGUCAAAGAUGAAAGCGAGGCUGGUGCGCCGCGACAAUUCACUACAGACGAGACUGGCUGGUUCGAAUUCGCAGUCACAAACGGGAAAACCUACACGAUAACCGCGGAAUAUCCCGGUCACGAAAUCUGCUAUUCGGGAACCACCAUCGUGGAAGCUACGAGAAUUUGGAGCUGCGACGGUAAACCGACCACAGUUACUCUCCACGCCGUAUCAUCGAAAAAGUACAUUUUCUUCUCAGACACGACGACGGCAAACGUCGAUUUGGGUGUCUAUCAAGGUGAGUGUGAAAAGCUUUACACAGGGGCGACUUUCAAAAUUACCCCCAUCAAUGGCUGUCACCCACCAGCCAUCUUCACUUCGGCUCAAGUAUCCGGCUGGACUCUACCUGACCGCGACAAGGAAAACUCAGACGUUAUACCAACAUAUCAAGAAGUUCCGAAUGGAAGACGGUGGCCACUCGCCGCGAUGGAUUACUCGGUAGUGAUCGAAGAGGCCCCAUCCACAGCGAAUUUCACGGCGAUGCGCGAGGAGAAAUAUCCGAACGCGUUGUGUCAUGUCGGAGUAGACGGCAUCAUUCCAUACUUCCGCCAGCAUCCAACAACGAUCGAAAGGCUUGUACCAUUACGCACUGAGCACACUUGGUAUUCGGCGAGAUACAAGUACCACGGUUAUUUGUGCGCAGAGUUCGUAGAUCUUUCUGUAAUCACCGACGAUGGCGAUUACUGCUGGGACGUUGAUGGCGUGAAAGCUGGUGGCAUUAGACACAACCACUUUGUUGGGAUAUCGCCAUUUUUUGAUGAUUUCGGUGGAGAAGGGCUCUACGCUUUGGGGCCGAAACUUGUGAGCGCCAAAGUACUUGAACUGCAUGUGGAGAAUGGUUCACUCGAUGAAUGCUUGACACUGCCUAGCGCCGAGAGCGGCGGGAUGACGGUGGCCAUGUUCAGACAAAGCGUCACCGAUAUAGCCGAAAAUCCAUGUCAUACCGAUCGCAAUGGAGGACCAUUGUGCGACUUUGACGUUGAGAUCGAUCCGGAGAGCGACAAACUUUUAUUCCCCACGGAUGAGGGCGAGAAGACGACGGAUCGACUCAUUGUCGCGGGAGAUCCUAAGCUCUCAGGAAAUUACCGCAGAUCUGUCGAACUGACUGUGGGUAGAUUUGAUGGUUCGAUGACAGUGACAGUUCCGUUGAAACGAGAGCUCAUCUCUCUUGGCUCGAAACCGCGAGGCGAAGGGAUCUACGGCGAAGAAAGCGAUGACGUGUAUUGGGCAACUGUUCCACUCGAAGGUUUGGUGUACAUGACGGUACAUGAUCCGCCCGGUGGCAACUCUUACGCCGAACUUCUUAUGGGCACGGAAGUGACCAUGUCCGUGGAGCUUUCAGACGAACAAGCGGCGUCUGUGUCGAGUUCACACGAAGGCGGUGGCGGCGUAGAACUCGAAGUGGAGGCGAAACCUGGGUUCGGCGCUGGGUAUGGCAUGGAGGUUUUAUUCCAGCUCGGAAUGCCUCUCUUUAAGAUAGAUUUUGACGCAUACCAUGAGGAGUCUGGACCAGAAUUUUCGGUCGCUCAGAGUUCCGCCGUCGGUUGGGAUCUCACGGCUACGAUAAAUCGUGUCAUACGGACAAGUACCGACGUCGCCAUCCCGGGACGACAGGGCGAUGCGAUUCUAGGUGGCGGCGUUGAACUUGUCUACAGGCUAGCCGAUACGCUCGAUCUUGCGCUAAGGGAAGACGAUAAACCGUGCUUGCGGAUAUCGACGGCGAUCACAUGGAUGCCGAGGAAACCCACGUCCUACAUAUUCACGGUACACUCGAUUGAAGCGAAAGUGAUUCCAAACUUGCGGUAUUUGCUUUCCGUCGUGGAAAGCGGCCUCAUCGUCGGGGAUGAUUCUAAAAUGGAAGCGCCUAAUUGGCCACAGUACAUCGCUGACAAAAUUAACGUGUGGCAACGCACACUUUUGUGGGCUUCGCCAACAGUGUACAAGGUUCCUAUGGAGCCGACUGCGGAAGGCGCUCCCGUGUUGUACGGUAAAAACUACGGCGCAAUGGAGCGCAUCAUGGUUCCUUUUAUGGAUGAACAAUCCGCGUUCGGUAUGGAAGCCGAGAAAAUGGAAACAUCGUUCAUAAGUGACGCGAGCGGUCCGAUUUCUACCCCAAUAGACGAGUUGAAGCUUGCUUGGAAGAGAAUCGACAGAGUUAGUCCAUACAUACAUGGCGUUCCAGGGGACUUGGGCGACGCGGAUGGUACUAUAGACACACUUAACGACUUCAUUCUCUCGGAUGAGACGGAUGAAUCUCGAUUGUCCCAGCUCAUCAGUGGCUACGUUAGCAAUCCCGGGACUUUAUUUUCAGACUUGUUGAGUGGAAACCUUGGGUUCCGCGGUGACGACGACGAUAACGACGCCACCCCAGACGUCGGCAAGGUUUUCUGGUCACGAAAGAGUGAAAGGAUGAAGCCGAAGUUCCUCGAGCAAUUUCAAGAAGCGGAUGAGCUCGUCACGACAAUGGGGAUGAAUAGCCCCACUCGUGAAGAUCUGAACAACACGGUUUCAUCCUGCAUCACAGAAAAAUGCAAAACGCAGGCUCUAGACGUGUCGUCACAACUACUUCAAUCGAGCGAUCUUAGCGAUCUUACGCUCGGAGAGGAUGCAUCCAUUUACAUGAACGAUACGAAACGAGUCGAUGCGUCGUUUACAGGGCGUAUGGGUCCCCGCGGCUACUCCACCACAGAUUCGAAUGGACCCGCUGAUGAAGCAAUUUUACUAUCGUUUAGCGGCGGUGGUGCUUCGACAGAGUACAUAUUUUCUUCCAACGAAAACGUCGACGGUCAAGAUUACGCAUGGACGCUCAGCCUGGACGGCUCAGCUGAAAACGGAUACUCCUUCGCGGGUUCAAUCGCCAUCGUCAAGGGGCAUGUAGGUGCUACCACGGAUAUGAGCAAGUCAGUUUCAAAAAGUCGUGCCUUUGCCUGGGCAAAGUAUGAACACAUGAGCACGAUGUACUCAUUAGGUGACCCAGAUUUUGGGGAUAAGUUUGUGCUCCAGGUCAGUUCCGACAAACGUUUCGGAUCUCCAGUGUUCAUCACGAUGGGCGGCAGAAGUCAAUGUCCGGGAGAAAAAUGGACGAUGUUCCGAGAAGCUGGCGUUACCAUAGGUAAGGAGUCGACGCAUAACACGAAUCUGAACCCAGGAGAGCACGCUUUGAUCCAACUUCUCAUCAGCAAUGAGUCGCCCUACAAGGAAGUGGCCAACAUGGGCCUUCGUUUGGUAGAUGGAGUCGCCGACUGCGUUGGAAAAAUCAUCGCGGCUGCUCAUAACGCGGCACAGUUGAACGAGGACAACGCAACGUUCGUAAAGAAUGCAGCAUACGCCAUGGCGGAUAGCCACGAAUGCUUUGCGUCAGAGUCUGAUGACAUUCAAGACCUGAAGGCGCGGAUUGAAGACAUCGUAGCGUCAUACGAACAGUCAAUGAGCGUCAGAGCAGGGAGAUUGUUGGCAAACGCAAUCGCUCGUCUCACGCAAACCACUACAGCACAAGGAACACUCCUACAGGGAAUGAAGUUCUCGAUCAAUGGUAUUCAAAUGUGGUCAUUCGGUGAAGUCCUACCUCUACGAAGAUUGGCUGGAGAGCGUAUGGAUUCGCAAAGCGUUGUGCGCGAGAGUCGCGUGCUUCUGAGCGUGGAGCCAAGCGACGGAGUGUAUGAAAGCUCGUACCUGGGGAUUUCCUUGGUGAGCUUGUGUGAGUCGAUGAUUGAAGAAUACAUGUAUCGCCCGAUCAUCUCGAGCAGUGUUACACUCGGUGCCAUGUCGUGGAGUAAAGAUUGCCCUCAAGUUGCUUUUCACUCGUCUACGCUCAGCAAGGAAGCAAGUUACUUUGAGAAGAGCGCAGCGUCUGAUUCGAGCGUUUUGAGCAUCUCGGUCGUAAAUCCGAAUAGAUAUUCUCUCUGGCCCAAGGAAACUGCAUCCACGUCCGAAGCGUUGGUGACGAAUGGGAAUCUCGCCUACGUCUACGUGCAAUAUCGUUCGGUAUCAGGAGGCGAAUGGAUCACAGCGAAAGACGCCGAGCGCGGUGCCGGCACGAAUAAGAAUUUCAAUUUACUUUGCCCGGAGUCGCGGGGUGGAGACGGUUGCAUCUUUGACUGGGAUCUAAACGACCCUUACAACAAACUUCUGAGUGGAUAUAAAGAUGGGAAAUAUGAUAUCCGAUUGAAAACAAUGUGCGUGGGCGGAUCUCACCUCGCAAAGCCGUCAGUGCACGAAUUUGUGAGCGAUCAAAAUCUCAUGGUGAAGAUAGAUACGAAGGACCCGCUCGUCGGUGAUUUCAAAUAUGUGAGCUCACAGGUAACGCAACGCGUCGAUUUCAUGGAAGACAUUGAUUGCACGAAGCAAGUGAUCACGGCCAAGCGAGGCAACUCGUCGACGGGUCCCUUCGAAGCCGUUUCCAACGAAGACUUGAGACAGUACGUCCUUCAAUGCGUUAACGAUGGCGCUGGUGGUCACUGGUUGAUGAAGUUUCCAUACUUUUCACAAGGCUAUCACAAAGUGACUGUUACGGAAGUGACCGACGUCGCAGGCAACCCAGCGGCUGAGUUUGAAUUCGUCGCACCUGUGCGCGUCGGCGCGAGCACCGCCGAAACGCCACAACUAGGGUCGUCGGGAUCUUCUCCACGACAAAAAUCAUCUCUCGCAUCAUCGAGCCCUCAAGAUGACAUCGACGGCAGUCAAAAGGUCGCAAUUUUUUACACUCCCUUCGCGUUCACGCUGUGCGUCGCGCUGUUCGCGUUCGCGUUCCGCGCGCGCGCGCGUCCAGCCGACGCCGAAAUGUCCGAACGUACGUCGCUCGUCGCGACGACGUCACGCCAAGUCGACGGCUACAGCUCCGUCAUCUGAUUGACUUGGACGUAAAAUCCAAAACACCGUCAUUUUAACUAUUUCAACUCUACAGUACAACUUACAGUGCGACAUCUUUAAUGCAACAUCUUUAUUGAACAUUAA